AUUUUUUAUAUUCGUUUCUCGCUUUCGAAAAAAUCGCAGAGAGACGGAGAGAGUGAGAGAGAGAGAUGAAGAAAACUCUGCAGCUGAAGUGAGGAGACAUAUGCCCCCAUGCCGCUCAAAUCCGAGUAGAGCAAGAGAACCAAGCAAAUCCAGUGGAAAUGGCUAGCUAUCUGUGGAGGAAAUACGCAGACUAUGUGUACACAAAGUGGGAAAGGACGAUACUUUGGGACAUGAUCGAUCCGUACAGGCGACCCAAAUCGUUUAAACCUCUGGUCACAAUCUAUAUUGCUGCUUUCUAUACUGGGGUCAUUGGUUCUGCUAUCACCGAGCAACUCCACAAGGAGAAGUAUUGGGAAGAUCAUCCUGGGGAAGCUGUCCCUCUAAUGAAGCCAAAGUUCUAUGGUGGACCUUGGAAGAUACUGAAGGGCGAGGCCCUUUCACCCGAUCUGUGAAAGGCACAACUCCAGUUGGAGAACAGUGUUAGAGUUUCUGCCAUUUUUACUUUUUAUUUUAUUGUAUAAAUGAUAAGGUUUGAUGGUUGAAUAAGAAUUUGCUGUUGCCUGGGAAA